ACUAAAGGAAUUAUGGGUUUAUUUUAGACCUUUAUUUUCUUGUCUCAUUCCAUUGUUGCUAUGGUAACCUUCCACAUCCCCAAAACUGCCCCUUCGUCUGGCUGAUGGGUGGUCCUUUUUUCUUUCUUAUUUUUUCCCAAAAAGGCUGGUGCACAUGCAGAGCUUUUUGUUGUGUUGUCUCUAUCUCUUUCUGUCUUUCUUUUUUUUUAAUGUUUUGUUUGUUGGAGACAGGAGAAGGCUGGAGACCAGACGACAGCAAAUUGAUCCGGUCACAGAUGGAGAUGUGUGAGUCAAGCCUGAGUGGUUCAGGCCUCUGAGUGUCACGUUUCUCUCGGCCCUCCCGAAGUGUGGCUUUCCAAACAAUACAUUUGCACCCAUGAGUCUUCCCUGUUUUCUUUUUCUCUCGACACAUACUCAGUAUUAAAGUCUCAGACGCAGUUCGUGACACAGAAUAUAAACGCCCUUAUCUGAAAAACGCUGUGCAAAGCCAGUAUCAAAAAGAGGAAGUGCUACCUUCUUCUCUGCCACAUCCUCUCGUUUGUGCUUAUCUUCCCUUUCGACCCUGUGACAUGUUAUUUUCUUUUAAAGCAACGGUUUGAAAUUGAGUGCAGUCAGACCUUUCGUGCAGAUAGACUUCACAAGAGGCUGUAUUCAGAUAGAGUACAGCCCUCUCCACUUCUUAUAUCGCUGUUUUGACAGUUUGUGGAGUUGACACCAGUUAAAGAACUCAAUUCAGCCGAAGUCACCUGAUUCUGUCGAGUCGUUCUCAGGAGUGCCGAAGGGUUUGCCGACAGGUGAUGAAUAUCUCACCUUGAGGAGAAGCAAUGGAGGCUGCUGUCUUUGAGUAUCACAAAGAGGAAGACACUGUGGACAUCGAGGCUUUUCAAGGAGGGAAGCGGAAGCUCAUUCAGCCAACAUCUUUAAAAGACCCCAAAUUUGAGAAGCUAAAGGAGGCACUGGUUUAUUGGAUCAAUAGUACUUUGAAAACGGAGCACAUAGUGGUUCAGAGUCUGGAGGAGGAUCUGUACGAUGGGCUGGUGCUUCAUCACCUGCUGUCAAGGUUGGCUGGAGUGCAUGUGUCAGUGGAGGAUAUAGCACUGACCAGCCCCGCUCAGAUCCACAAGCUGGAAGUGAUCCUGGAGGAGUUGGAUAGUAGACUGGGCCUGCAGGACAGCAGCCAGAUCAAGUGGAACGUCAAACUCAUCCACAACAAAGACCUUCUGGCCACUAUUCAUCUGCUGGUUGCCAUGGUGAGAUCUUUCCAGCCUGAACUCGAAUUGCCACCGAAUGUGAAGGUUGAAGUUGUAGUUAUAGAAGUGACUGGAAGUGGAAUCAGAUCAGAGGUACAGACGGAGAUCCUGACGGAGGAGGGGGACUCAGGCUCAGACUCCCCCAGCAAUACUGAAAGGGAAGAUCCCAUUGAGCAACUGCUGAAGCUUGAGGCUCACAAGGUCAGCACAGUGAAGAAGGCCAUCCUACACUUUGUCAACCAGAAUAUGUCGACCAUGGGUCUGCAAGUGGCUGAUAUGGACAAACAGUUUGCUGACGGUGUGAUUCUGCUGCUGCUGAUCGGACAGCUGGAGGGAUUCUUCAUCCCGCUCUACGACUUCAACCUGACACCUGUCAAUCACUCAGAGAUGAUUCAGAAUGUGACCUUGGCCUUGGACCUCCUUAAUGACAUGGGCCUUCACAUGUCCAGUGUUGAGCCACAAGAUAUUGUGUCCCAAGACAUCACUGCCACGUUGAAGGUCCUGUACGCCCUGUUCAAGAAGCACAAAGAGAAAAAAUGAGAGAGGAGGAGGAACUCAGCGACCAAGGGUACAAACAGAGCUGGAGACAAGUGGAGUUUUUGGCCAGCUUGUGCUUUUUUUUUUUAACUAAAGCAAAUGUUGUACAUUAUUUACAGAGUGAAGUUUACUGUAUUUUGACAUUUUGUUGAUGAUUUUAAGCUCAUUUAAAGGUACAGUAUGUAAUUCUGGAGAAACAUAUUUGAUUGUUGAGUCUGAUUCCCAGUUUGUCAAAUACCAAAGCUUUGGUGGUUUGGUUCAACUACCAACCCAAGGUCAUCUGUACUUAAUGACCUGGGAAUGAGAUUCAGGAUGUCCGGGUUAACCACAGGGAAUAUUUUUUGUCAGGUAUACAUGUCAGUCUAUAGGUUAACUUUGCUACUCUUCAGUUUAGUGGACUGUGCACCACCCAGGUCUGGUGGGAGCAAGCAAGCAGUGCCACUGGGUCAGGGAUAACCACUAGGAACGGUGUCCCGACCCAACAGCAUCGCUGUGGAAACAUCUUGCCUGCCCUAUGCCCCCCCCCCCAGGUCACCCUGUUAAGAAAGUGGAUCAAUUUUUAACUGCAAACCCACUUCAGCAUUGUUAUUAGCUCUGUGAGCAUAGUUAGCAGUGUCAACACGGCUGGUGAUGUAAACAUAGUUAACAGUGGUAUAUGGGUUUUGCAGCUCAAAAUCAAGCUGCGUACUCACUGGGGCUAUCUGCGGGGAGACUGGAGGGUAGUCAUUAUGAUGACUAUCAGCAACGCUGUCCUGUGAUCAGAAUGGUGGGUUUUUUUCAUUUAGGUUUAUUUCAGUUUAGAUUUCUGUUCUGGAAAUGUAUGAAAAAAAAGCAUAUUUAAUCAGAUAAUGCCUAAUUUGCAUAGCUAAGCAUACAAUUUCUUAAUAUAAACUUAAAAAAAUAUGAACUUACAUCAGCACAUCAGUACAUCAGCAAAAUGAAACAGUAAUUUUGAACCUGGCUUUAUCCAAUAUUCACAUCUGUUCUGGAAAUGUAUGCAAAUUAGGGCAUCUGAAAUUCAAUGGUGCCUCAUUUGUAUAUUGAAACUAAACAUUUCAGAAAUCUUGUAAUGAAAAAAAAAUCUUAAUGUAAGUGAUCAGCUUGGGAAGUGUCAUGGUGAUAUCUAUGAGUUAAAAGUGUAACCCUAUUCACCUGGGGGGACCCUUCUUAAAAUUAAGCACGGAAAAGCUAAAGAAGCUUCCUGUGUGCUGAGUAGUUGUUGAUAGUUGCUGAUAAUUUGACAAAUUGCAUAACUGUUUAUGUAUAUUUCACCACUGCAAAAUCAACAGCUCAACGUGGCAGGUUGUCCAUGAACCCUGGGGUUGAGGGUUGGAUCCAUAGUUCCUCCUGUCCACAUGUCCAUAUAUUCCUGGGUAAGACGCAGAACCUCAAAUUGCUCCAGAUGGUGAGGCCAGCACCUUGCAUACCAUCUGCGCAAGGGCCCCGUGAAAAAAAAAUCUAGUUCAGUCAGGAACUUCAGUCAAAGAAAACUUUAUUUCCAUUUGCAGUAUUAUAUUUGGCUGUAUGGCUCUGUUCUGGGGCCUCUGGCUUUCUUUAAUAAAUAUGCAGAAAGCCUUUUCCAAGGGCCUACGAGGAAAGCCUAAGGCAGAGAGAGCACACCUCUCCACCCUUAUACGUGCAAACAAGGCAAGCCUAAGGCAGGGAGAGCAGCAGCAAAGAUUCCUGGGAACAGAAUAGAGCAGCAUAAAUGACAAACAUAAAUGACAUUGAUAAGUAAGUGGUUGCAUAGAAAGGAAUCAUGUGAUCUAUCAGCUGACUCCCUUCUAUCAAUCAGCUGCUCCAUCAGUUGAUUGGGCUGUUUGAGAUCAGCUGAUGUAGCUAGGAUGUGAGCUGAGUUUGACAUUGUGUCCUGCCUGAACUAACGCUAUGCUAUUCAAGACGCAAGUUCACAUAUAGGUAAAAUGUAUGUAUUGUUGAAGUAAGUAUGUUAUUUCCUGCUUUAUUUCCACCAUCUCUUCCUCUCUUUCCCUCACUAUAUUUACAUAUUUCCAUUUAUAUUUCAGUCUGAAAAUGGCACUUUUCAUUCUUGCUAUAGAAAAGCAUUGUUCUCCACUUCUCAAUAAACAAUGUGACUUUCUUCCUCUGCUUCCUCCGUGUGUUCCUGCUGACAGUCUGUGACCUCCUCUUCUCCUACUGCGUGAAUGCUAUUGUCAUUUCUCAGAAAUUUUUUUUUUUUUUGCUGUUGAAUUGUUCACAACUCAAUGUCACACACAUGUGGAGAGGGAACGGCAGGCAGCGAUGGAGGGAGGCUCAGAGAAUAAGAGAGGCAGACAAUAGAUGUGAUUUCAUCAAAGGGUUUUUUUGCAAAUUAUGCGUUGAAUUUAAAAGCUGGAAAAUCCACUUAAUUAUCCUCUGUGUUGCUAAAAUGUGUCAUUUCCUGGUUUAAAAGAAAUUUAUGCAAACCA